UGGAGUGAAAUACUUGACAAUUCCAGUCGUAUUUUCUUUCUGACUGAAAUUGCUCGUGCUUGGUGGCUGGCUGGAGAAGUCUUUUUGAAGCCUCGAGUGACCAUUAACUACCCAUAUGAAAAAGGGUAUUUGUCUCCUCGCUUCCGUGGAGAACAUGCGCUUCGUCGCUAUCCAUCUGGCGAAGAGCGCUGCAUCGCUUGUAAGUUGUGCGAAGCCGCGUGUCCAGCCCAAGCUAUCACAAUUGAAGUUCAAGAACGCGAAGAUGGAGCGCGUCGUACAACUCGGUACGAUAUCGAUAUGACAAAAUGCAUCUACUGCGGAUUCUGUCAGGAGGCUUGCCCAGUUGACGCCAUUGUAGAAGGACCUAAUUUUGAAUUCGCGACGGAAACGCACGAGGAGCUUUUGUACGAUAAGGAAAAGCUGCUCUCUAACGGAGACAAAUGGGAACGACAGAUCGCCAAGAAUUUAAUGCAUGAGCACCUUUAUCGUUGA